AUGGAAGAACAUAAAACAAACACACUUGAAGAUGAAAUAUAUGAAUACGAUGAAGAUGGUAAUAUAAUUUGGACAUGGAAAAAAGUGAUCGAUCCACUUCAACCGAUUGAUCAUGCAGCAAUGGAAUAUGCAUCAUUCAACAAAAAUUUUUAUCAUGAACAUGAACAAAUAAAAUCGAUGACAACGAUAAAACUUUUUGAAUUGCGAAACAGUUUGAACUUAAAAGUGGCUGGCUUCAACCCACCAAAGCCAGUCACUGCAUUUGCACAUUUUGGCUUCGAUGAAGCACUCAUGAAUGUAAUUCGGAAAUCAGAAUAUGAGCAUCCUACCCCUAUACAGUCUCAGUCUAUACCGGCAGCCCUGAGUGGACGGGAUGUUUUGGGGAUAGCCAAAACAGGCAGUGGCAAAACAGUGGCUUAUUUAUGGCCUGCUAUCAUUCACAUUAUGGACCAGCCAGAUCUGAAAGAGGGUGAUGGGCCAAUUGCUCUGGUUAUUGUGCCAACUCGAGAAUUAGCACUCCAA